AAUGAAGUAGUAGGGACAAUUAGCACAACAACUUCAAAUCGAGGGAAAACUAUUGUUAAAAAAGAAAUAUGGGUUGUUUGCGUGGUGUAUUUAUUAUUGUUUUUAUCUAUUUUGGAACAUGGUUCUUGUCAAACGGGACUACUAUGCAAAACUCAAGAUUGCAAAUCGGUAAAAUUUUAACAAUGGACUUGAUUGGCAAAAAGAUGUGCGAGAACCAGUGUUUAACUUAUUUUGAUUGUAAGGCCAUUAAUUUCAACAAACGCCAUCUUUCCUGUGAACUUCUGAACCGCUCUGGACAGGAAGCUCCGGAACAUCUGCAUUUUGAGGAAGGCACAGUUCAUAUCUACAACAUUACGAAAAGCCAGUUGUCAAAUUUAUGUGCAAACAAGACAUGUCCAGCACACCACAGAUGCGUAGCCGGUAAAACUAAGGCAUAUUGCAUCGUGGCCGAAUGUCCAACAACGGAUUUAGAGUUGAUUAAUGGAGAUUUUAGUGGACCAGCGGUAAAGGUAGGAGAUAACCUGAAUUUCACGUGUCACCAGGGAUUUUCCAAACAGAACGUGACUCUAACGUGUCUUAGCAGUGGCAAAAUUAAAAAUGCUGAACAAAUGGCAUGCUACAAAAAGGAUGGACUUUGGACGCUGGCAUACAUAAUUCAAAGUAACUCUGCCGCCAAUCCACUUACCGCUUAUUUAAAAAGUGGUAUACAACAAGAAAGAAACGCUUCAUUUCCCGCAAAUUGCAUUGCCAUGACGAAAGUAACUGGAUGCACUACUCCUUACCGAGCAGGGCUCAUUGAUGAUUGGGAAAAACUAUUAAUAACAAAAAUUCGAUUUACGGUAACUUUUCCUAAUUCAACCCGAGAAAUUAUAUUUAAUGGCACCGGAUCAAAUUUAACGAACUGGUUUUCCGGAGAUCGAGUCAAUUCAUCUUCCUGGCUUGAUCUGUCACCAACAGGAAUAUAUCUUUACUUCACCAUGUUUGGAUAUCAAGACAACUUUGUCAACCGAUUCUGGUCUAUUAUCAAGCUUCACGCAGGUUGUCCAGGAGACAUAGGUUGGUUAACGGGGUCUUUUGAACCUCCUGGCGGAUGUCUGUUCGACCUGACCAAUGGUUCUUUCCCGGUGUUCCGUGCAUGUCCUGGAAAUAGCUCUUGUUUCAUGGAAAGUGAAACUAUCGAAGCGGAAACAAUUGCAGUGUCCGUUAAGGCAGAUAAUUUAACUUAAACGAUUUGAGAAAAUCACAAAAGGUUGACUGUGAUAAAAGAAUUGUGGCUGCUGUUUUAUCAAUCUAUAAAAUUGUUCAUUAAUAAAUUAUUAUUAUUGAUUUUUCUAUUCAUGUCAUGAAACCAUUUUCUAGAUAAUUAUAAUUUCCAAAAAUUUACACCUUACAAUGUAU